UUCUGCAGCUCGGAGGCGGAGCGAGCGCGGAUCUGAGCGGGGAGAAGCCGAGCCAACAACAGUCUGGGACGGACGGAGUCACCCGCCUUCCCUCGUGCAGCAGCGGCUCCAGACAGAUGGCAGCGACCGCAGACCCGCAGAGGGGACCGGGGGAGCUGGCUUCACACCACCACGGCAACAGCAACAACAACAACAGCAACAACAACAACAACAAGGACAGCGAGGCGGCAGACAGCGCCACGGAGCCCGGGGGAGCUCCGCCGCGGAGCCUCGGGGGCUCGGCGGGCAUCCACCCCGGCGGGGCCGGGGACGGCAAGUGGGUCCGGCUGAACGUGGGGGGGACGGUGUUCCUCACCACCCGGCAGACGCUGCUCAAGGAGCAGACCUCCUUCCUGUACCGGCUCUGCCAGCAGCAGGACCUGCACUCCGACACGGAUGAGACGGGAGCCUAUGUGAUUGACAGAGACCCCACCUACUUCGGCCCCAUCCUCAACUACCUGCGGCACGGCAAACUGGUCUACAACAAGGAGCUCGCUGAGGAAGGCGUCCUAGAAGAGGCAGAGUUUUACAACAUCACCCCGCUGAUCAAACUGAUCAAGGAGAGGAUCAUAGAGAGGGACUCGAAAGCCACACAGCAGGUGCCCCCCAAACAUGUCUACCGAGUGCUGCAGUGCCAGGAGGAGGAGCUGACUCAGAUGGUCUCCACCAUGUCAGACGGCUGGAAGUUUGAGCAGGUCAGCGUGCGCGCCUGCAGAAAGCCCCGCACCGGACUGCUCUGGACUAUGGUGAACAUCGGCUCGUCCUACAGCUACGGAACGGAGGAUCAGGCUGAAUUCCUGUGCGUCGUCUCCAAGGAGCUCCACACGCCCGGAUCUGUCCUGGGCACCGAACAGAGCCACAAAACCAAGCCGGCAGAGAUGCAAGAGGAGGAAGCAGCGAAGCAGGAGGAGGAGGAGGAGGAGGAGGAAGAGGGAGGGAGAGAAACCACACCAAAUGAGUGGCUUAGAGAAUGAGAGUCAUGUUUCUUUGUUCCAAAGAGAGGCGGGAAUGGCUUUUCCAGAUCCAUGGGUCCCGGAUGUAGAAAUGGGAAGCUUCUUUCUUUUCUUUUUUUGACUGGUGACCUUCUAGACAUGGUCUCCAUCUGUUUCUGUGGACCGCCAUCAAAAUUUGUAGCAUUAAAAGUUCGCCAGUGAGAUGCUGGUUAACAUUAACCCCAAACCAUCACGCCAAAACUUAAAAAAAAGAGAGAAAAAUCAUGCUCACUUAGAGCAAUAUCCUCCAAAAAUAUUUUUUUCAGUAAAACUAGUUUGGUGUAUUCUACCAAGGGCAUUCAUGGAGCGUUACCAAGUCAUAACCAAAGAUCCAGUAUGCAGCCGUCUGAACCAAGGUGCUGACCCGUGACGCAAAGGAGAAAAUUAAAUCUGGCCUCAGACAAUUGACCUUGUGUCGUUACCCAGCGCCGAGCUGUUGCUACGUCGCUAUGAUUUGACGGAUAGUGUAAAAGGAUCCUGUUGCAUCGCAGUUGUGCAGCAUGUGGUUCGUGACACUUCCCAAUGUGGCAUUUAUCAAUGAUCUAUUAUGGUCUCGUCCCUCUGGCGGAUGUCAGCUGUUCCUCAAACCUCAGUUUCUUCGGUUGUGAGUAACGUCAGGUGUUUUGAGCCUGGUGUGCUCACGGUAGUUCUGGUUAUAUGUUGCUUUCAUUGCGUACAGGGAUCCACGGGAGGUGCUGCACAUCUUCCAUAUUCCUCAGGUUCAGUUUUAUUGUUGCAUAAAUAUAAUGGUUUCAGUCAAUCCAAAAUGUUUUUGUCCCUGAAAUCUAAACCUCAGAGGUGUGUGGGAAGUGUCCCUGUUAGGUGUCUAUUAUCUGAUGAAGAUAAGAUUAAAGGGGACCUAUUAUGGCAUCUAAUACCUAUUUUAAACAGGCCUUGAAUGCCUUAAAAACAAGCUUUUGAUUGUUUUUGCUAAAUAAAUUUGGAAAUUCAGCCUCUGAGCCAUGUCUUUAUCUUCCCGGUCUCUAACCUCAUUAUCUAUGCAGGAUUCUGAGUGGGCGGGGCUAUGAUAAUGAGGCUCUGUGCUGAUUGGCUGCCUGAAUGACGCGAUACACCGCUACGAAAAAAUGGCGGAAGCUCCGGCCGGCGGAGUUGUUGUUGUUGUUCCGGCCAGAGUUAGUUGUGGGCGUGGUUUCACGCAUCGAAGGCCAACCUUUGUAAAUCGCAGAAUCUGAACGGCUCGUAGAUCCACAUCACACUGGAUGGAUCAUCCGGGCGGCUGUACAGACACUGCAGAAUUUGGUUGCUUUCCUCCUUCUCUGAGUUGGCAGGCUGAGGGGAGACCACUUUAUAUAUGUUAAAGCAAGAGAAAAUGUGUUUUUCAUAAUAGGUCCCCUUUAAGUUCCCCCCCCUCAAAAAGCCUGAUUUACUUUUAAUUGAAUUGAUACUAAUAUUUUCAGUAAUUGCUAGUGUCCAUCCAUCUACGAAGCCCAUCAGUUUUGGCUACUCUACUUUCUAAGUAAUGAUCUAUAAUAACGCACCUCUUUAAGUUUCUCUGUGUAGCAAUGCCACUUCUGACCCCAUGGGGGCACAAUGCUCUGUCGUGUUCAUUAAAGAGUCGCUGACAAUAAUGUGCUCAUGAGAGGGGGGUCCGGCUCAUCUUGUAAAACCACUAGAGGUGCAAUUUGCUUUGUUUUUUUCGCCAGAAGCGGACACAUGAAUCUUUUGUAAUAUGCUGCCCCCAUGUGGAAUGAAGUGGUAUUGCUACAUACACUGGCUUUAAUACUACACAAAUAUGUACCACUGAAAAGCUAAAUUAUUUAAUAUAAAUGAACAUUUGUCCUUAUGGUAAUGCUCAUUUGCCAAAUAACUAAGCGGGUACUGUACAUUUGUUCAUAUAUUUACUUUUUGGUCAACUUUAAAAUGGCAGAAAGUAUAAGUAAAGGAGAAUGCUUGUUCAUGCUAGAAAUGUAACAUAAAUUAGCUUGAAUUCUUAAAAUAAAAGUUCAGAAAGGCUCAAAACAAAAGCAGGCGCGUGGCACUGGCGAAAACACUUGCUGGUACACCUCUGCUUCACUGGUCAGCAGCAGGUGCAGUCUUCACCUUUACUGUGCCACCAUGGCGAGAGCCUCAUGAGGCGGGUUGGAAAAUGGCUAAAAAGGAGCACAAAGGUAUGAUGGAGGGAGAUGGAUUCUCUUUUUCUCUCUUUUUUUGUGGUCAUGCUUACCGUCACAGGGUCCUCUUUCUCGAGGCAGCAAAUUAAAAAGCACAUCAUUUUUAACACAUCGAACUGCAGCAUAAGACUUCAACCACAGAAUGAAAUUCAUACGUGGUCAUUAACAUUUAAUUGGAAAUGACACAAGCUGUUUUUUAAGUGUCAUUCAGGAAAUGCAUUCCUCACAAGGUUCUAAAAAGACGUAUGAUAAAGCUUUCCAGCUGAGUGUUGGAAAAUAAUGGAUUAUAGUUCAAAAAAGACUAAAUGACUUUCAUCAGAAAGAAAUAUCACAUCUAAAUCAGCAUUUGGAGAAAAGUAACUCAGUAACUGCACAAAAACAUGCUGGAGCUCAUCAGAACACAGAUAUUGUGUCCCUCCGUUGGGUCCUGGCUGCAUCAUGAAAUGGGUCUGGUACCCCUCCCGUCCACAGGCUUUUCCACCAGUACAGAACUUACCAAACCAACCACAGCAGGAUGGGCGUGGGCCUCAUGGUGCUGCUUUUAAGAAAAAUAAAGGUCAAAUCCAGAGCAACCCGACACAAUCAUUGUAUUAAAGAGGUAAAGAGUGAGGAUGGCUGGAUGUAAGCAGCUGUGGAGUAAACGAUGAAGAUGUCCGUCUGCAGAUAAACUCGCUUACAGUUACACUCAAGCUGUUACAUGCAGGUCAUUAAAGUAACAAUUAGUGACAAUCGAGCACUAAAAUCAUAUAUUUCAUUUUUUGGGAGAAAUGUCUGCAAAUACAGUGUGUGAGAGAUAAAGCUUCGUGUCCAUUUACGUUAUAGUGUUAAGUAAAAACAGACAUCCUGGACCUUUGGGAUCUUUGGCAUAUAAUAAUACGCGGCCAAACAAAACACGAUAAACUUCAGAUGAGUUACGUUGUGCAUGAUGAACAUGCUUAUGAUAAUCGUAAUUGGGAUAUUUACAAGAAAGAUGAAAGGAGGUUAUUGUUGAGUUACUUCAGCUCUUUUAAUCUGGAUCAUUCAGUGCCUUGAGUUCGAGCAGCAAAACUGACCGUCCUGUUUUUUGUUUAGUUUUUCUUUUCAAUGGCUGCUUUACUAUUUUCUUCAGAACAUGGGUAGUUUAUAAUGUCAUUGAGAGUUGGGAGUAACUAGUUGUGUAAAGGACUUUCUGUGCAUUUGCUCAGAGGCGUCGACAGUAGAUGCAAAAAAGUAAAUGUGCUAAACGAGCGCAGAAGUCUCCGAGCCGAAGCCAUUCCAUGCUUGUAGAAGGUCUUAAGCUGUCUUGUAUAAAAUGUAAGACUUUUUUUUUUUUAUCUUUUGUACAUUCUGUUAUUUAUUUUAUGGUUUCUUUUGUAAAAUUUAGGCUUUGUGUUUUUUAGUGCAGGUGGAAAAGGUGUCGUCUGGGUGAGAUUUCUUUUUUUUCUACUGCGUUAAACAUUUAAUAUAAUCAGGUUUAUGAAACAUACUAGUUAUUAGUGUUAGUUUACAUAACUGCUAUUAAACAAAUGUUACACUGAGAGAUUUUUGUUUCUUUUUUUUAAGCUCUCAAACUGAAAUUUAAGGUUUAUAAAUGUCCAUUUGCAUGACCUCGUGUGGUUAGCUGGAUCCACACCUAAGUUUUUAACCCUUCUGUUCAGUGGUAGCAAGAAAGGUCUACCGCUUUCAUUAUUCUGUGCAAGAACUACGGAUACAUGUCAGGUUGUGAUAAACAUGUAGGAAAUGUUCCUCUGAUGCUGGAGUUUCUUUCAUCAGCCGUCUACAGAGCCUCAAUGUUCUUAGUCUGUAAAAAUCAAGCAAUGUGACACAUGAAUUGUAACGCCUCAGACAAACCUGUACAGGCUUCAAGAAAUGCUGUUUGUUUUGGUUUCAUAUAAAUAUUCUCCACCAGGACUUGUGCAGCCACUUAGGAGGUGACGAGGAGAACUCUGUUGUUCGUUUUUUAUUUGCUGUAUAUGAUUGUCACUAUUGCCAACAAAAAUAAAAAAGUGCU